CCGCUGCGGCUGCUGCCUCCUCUUUAGCGUUGUUGGUGUUUGCGUGCCGCACUUCUCGUCUUGCUCGCGUCUGCGGGAGAACACACACACGACUGGAGACGGAGGACAAACAAUUUGCCUUGACUUGACGCCGCCGUCAUUCAUUCAUUCAUUCAUUCAUUCAUUCAACAGUCAGUCCUGGACUCAUUUGGUUUGUUUACGGCUCUUGUCUCGCCGGCCGGCCGGAUUUUCUUUUUUUUUUCUUUUAUUUUCUUUGUGUGUGUUGUUUUUUUUCUGAUAUCCAAGUUGUGUGGAGGAAACACAUGGAAAUGAUUUGGCCCCUGCGCACUAAUUUCAGGAAUAAUUUCAAGUGGGUUUUUGAAAGUGGUUCACUUCUGCCAGCUGCGAACGGUUUCAGCGCUUCUCUGUUUGUCUCGUGUGUUCUUUCUUGAGGGUGAUAGAGGACAAUAUUGCUUAUGUUUUGUUGUAAAUGUCAAUAGAAAUUGGUGGGGAUUUGACGUCAUCCUUGGCGGGCUACGGUUGUUAGCGUGUUGUUUGUGUGCUAGCUUUGCGCUAAAAUCAACAAAAAGAGUAAAAAUGAAGACUCAAGACCACACUCGUUGAGGGUCAUGAUGAUGGGUCCCCCCACCAGAGCGAGGAGGCCGCCAUCCCACCGUGCCGUCACCCCGCUUCUGCUGCUGCUGGCGCUGCUGGCGCGUCCACAGCGGAACCUCGGCAGUGGUCAGCGGCGGCAGAACGUGACGCUGGCCAUCAUCCUCCCCGAGAGCAACAUGGCCUACCCGUGGGCGUGGCCGCGUGUGGGCCCCGCCCUGGUGCGGGCGGUGCAGCAGGUCAACGAUGACCCCGCCCUACUGCCCGGUGUGCACCUGAGCUACGUGUUCAAGAGCAGCGAGAACAAAGACGGCAUCUGCUCCGAGUCUGUGGCGCCGCUAAUGGCGGUAGACCUGAAGCUGGUGCACGACCCCUGGGCCUUCAUCGGGCCGGGUUGCUCGUACACGGCGUCGCCUGUGGGCUUUUUCACCACCCAUUGGGACGUGCCCUUGGUGACGGCAGGCGCCCCCGCCGUGGCCUUCUACGGCGGCGUCUACCCGUCCAUCACCAACACGGGCCCCACCCACAAGAAGCUCGGCAAGUUCGCCCUGCGCAUCUGCCAGCGCUUUGGCUGGCGCCGCCACGUCAUGGUGAUUUUCAACGACAACAAGGUGGACGACCGGCCGUGCUACUUUGCCGUGGAGGGCCUCUACGACGAGCUCAAGAUGAUCAACAUCACGGUCGAGGACAGCGUCUUUGAGGAGAACCGCCCGCAUAUUGACUACGCGGAGAUACUCGCCGACAUACAGAACGAGAGCAGAGUGAUGUUCGUGUGCUGCUCGCCCGACGUGUUCAGGAAUCUGAUGGUGCACUUUCGCCGCGCCGACCUUCCCCACGAGCAAUACGUCUUCUUCUUCAUCGACGUGUUUGGCGAGAGCCUCAAGUCGCAGCCCCGGCAGCCGUGGGCACGCGGCGACCCCGACGACGCCGUGGCCAAGGAGGCCUUCCAGAGUGUGAAGAUCCUCACAUAUCGAGAGCCUCAGAACGCCGAGUACAAGAACUUUGUGGAGAACCUGAAGGUGGACGCCAAGAGGAUGUUCAACUACACCAUCGACGACUCGCUGAUGAACAUCAUCGCCGGAGGUUUCUACGACGGCCUGAUGCUCUACACGCAUGCGCUCAACGAAACCAUGAGUGCGUCCGGCACGCGGCCUCCGGGGACGGUGGUCACCCACCGGAUGUGGAACAGAACCUUUCACGGUGUCACUGGAACAUUACAGCUGGAUGAAAAUGGAGACCGAGAGUCCGACUUUGCUUUGUGGGACAUGAUUGACACCAACAACAGCGCAUUCCAGAUGGUGCUGGUGUACAACAGCUUAGAUGAGCAGCUGACGGCCCUUCCCGGAAGGUCGCUGCACUGGCCGGGCGGAGUUCCUCCACCUGACAUUCCCGCGUGCGGAUUGAAGAACGAAAACCCCGCUUGCCACACCAAGACCAUUACCAUCCACCAGAUGGUGUCCAUAGUGGUCUUCUUCAUCCUCAUCAUGACCCUGACAGUCGCCGUUUUCAUUUACAGGAGGAUGAAGCUGGAGAAGGAGCUGGUGGCUCAGCUUUGGAGGAUCUCCUGGGACGACAUCCACAUGAGCAACCUCGACAAAGUGCUCCGCAGCGGCAGCAGGAUCACGCUCUCUCUGAGAGGCUCCAACUACGGCUCCCUGAUGACGGAUGGUCACGUCCAGGUGUUUGCAAAAACGGGCUACUACAAAGGAAACAUCGUGGCCAUCAAGUACACGAACAAGAAACGUGUGGAGUUGAACAGGAAGCUCCUGUUUGAACUCAAGCACAUGCGAGACGUUCAGAAUGAACAUCUGACCCGAUUCAUCGGAGCGUGUAUCGACCCUCCAAACAUCUGCAUCAUCACCGAAUACUGCCCCCGAGGCAGCCUCCAGGACAUCCUGGAGAACGACAGCAUCACCCUGGACUGGAUGUUCAAAUAUUCUCUCAUCAAUGACAUCGUCAAGGGCAUGGUGUUCCUCCAUAACAGCGUGCUGAUGUCUCACGGCAAGCUGAAGUCGUCCAACUGCGUGGUCGACAACCGCUUUGUGCUGAAGAUCACCGAUUACGGCCUGAGCAGUCUGCAAUCUGAGAGCCAAUCGGCAAAGGACGCUCACGCUUACUACGCGCAGAGACUGUGGAUGGCCCCGGAACUUCUCCGGCUCGAAGUCCCUCCUCCCCAAGGCACUCAGAAGGGCGACGUCUACAGCUUUGGGAUCAUCCUUCAGGAAGUGGCGCUACGUCGGGGAGUCUUCUACCUGGACUCUGACCCGCUCAGUCCUAAAGAGGUGGUGGACCGCGUAGUGCUGGGCGAAUGGCCGUGUUUCAGACCCAUGGUGGACCCGCACACUCACAGUCCCGAACUGGGUCAGUUGAUGCAGCGCUGCUGGGCCGAGGAGCCCACGGAGAGACCCGAGUUCAACCACAUCCAAAUGCUGUUGCGCAAGCAGAACAAGGAGUCCAGGACCAACAUCCUGGACAACCUGUUGUCACGCAUGGAACAGUAUGCCAACAACCUGGAAGAGCUGGUGGAGGAACGAACACAAGCGUAUCACGAAGAGAAACGCAAAGCCGAGACGCUCCUCUACCAGAUACUGCCGCACUCAGUGGCAGAGCAGUUAAAGCGUGGCGAGACGGUCCAAGCGGAAGCGUUCGACUCGGUGACCAUCUACUUCAGCGACAUUGUGGGCUUCACCGCAAUCUCCGCCGAGAGCACGCCCAUGGAGGUGGUAACGCUGCUGAACGACCUGUACACGUGCUUUGACGCCAUCAUAGACAACUUUGACGUUUACAAGGUGGAGACCAUCGGCGACGCCUACAUGGUGGUAUCGGGCCUGCCGGUGCGGAACGGGAGGCUGCAUGGCCCCGAGGUUGCGCGCAUGGCCCUCGCCCUACUGGGCGCCGUCACCACCUUCAGGAUACGACAUCGGCCCGACGAGCAGCUCAAGCUCAGGAUCGGCAUACACAGUGGUCCGGUGUGUGCGGGCGUGGUGGGUCUGAAGAUGCCUCGCUACUGUCUGUUCGGCGACACGGUCAACACGUCAUCCAGGAUGGAGUCCACUGGGGAAGCAUUAAAGAUCCACGUAUCAUCGGCCACUCGCGACGUCCUCCAGGAGUCGGGCCGCUUCCAGUUGGAGCUCCGAGGGGACGUGCACAUGAAAGGCAAAGGACAGAUGACCACCUACUGGUUGCUGGGAGAGAACGACAGCCAGUGACUGCAGCAAGAGGGCGGGGCCACGCCUCAGGUUGUCCAAAAAAAAAAAAAAUACAUGAGGGAAGCUACAACGCAUUAUUUCUCGGUGGCAAGGCCCCGUCCAUGCAAGCAGGAAGUGUCAGAUGGUCACCUGACUGCAAAUUAUGACUUUUGGCCCAUUUGAAGCUCUCAACAUUCAACUCGAUCAGCUGUCAAGAUGUUCUGUGUCGUGUCGCGCGUCCACUAGAUGGCGCAAUGCCUCGCUUGCCACAUAGCAACAAGCUAAUGCUUAAAAAAAAAAUACAAAAGAAA